AUGAAGAUCCUGAAGGAUAUCCAAGCCAUAGCCCUGCCUUCGCAGCUCUGCGCCCUAGUGCCCUUCUAUACCGGCGACGACGAGGAGACUUUACGGCUGGGCAGACUUGGCCGUUGGUAUGGCCGCCUCCUGGCCCUCAUCAUGCUGAUCAGUUCGCUUUUCUUUGGCGAGGAUGUACUCUUUGCUUCCCGCGAGUACAGACUGGUGGCCAGUGCCCAGGGUGACACUGAGGAAAUCAACAGGACGAUUGAGACGCUCCUCUGCAUCGGUAGCUACACAAUGAUGGUCCUGUCCAAUGUUCAGAAUGCAUCCCGUCAUUGCCGCACCUUGAGGGAGAUAGCAAGGAUCGAUGAGUACCUGGAGGUGAGCGGCUUCCGGGAGAACUACAGCUGUCGAAAGUUGGGCACCUUGGUGGCCACUGCAGCAACCGGAGUCCUGGGAGUGGCAUUUUACUACAUCCAUUUUCAAAGCGGGAUCGGUUCGAGGAGGCAGGGCAUCCUGCUUCUGGUCUACUUCCUGCAGCUGCUUUACUCUACUGUCCUCUCGAUUUACCUGCGCACUAUACUCAUGAAUCUGAGCCUGCGAAUUGGCUUCCUCAACCGUAAGCUAGAUGCUUUUAUCCUCCAGGAAAGCGUCUCCAGCGGAGAAAACUGGCGGGAGCUAAGUAAUCUCAUAGAGGUGCUCUGCAAAUUCCGCUACAUCACCGAAAACAUGAACUCCGUGGCUGGAGUGGCUCUUCUAUUCUUCUUUGGCUUUGCCUUUUAUACGGUCACCAACCAGAGCUACCUGGCCUUUGCCACCCUGACCGCCAGUGCGACCAAUUCCAGAUUGGAAGUGGCUGAUACCAUGGGCCUGUCAUGUGCCUGGGUUCUGGCUGAGACCAUCACCAUGGCGGUGAUUUGUAGUGCCUGCGAUUGUCUGGCCUCCGAGGCCAAUGGCACGGCCCAGAUCCUGGCCCGGGUUUAUGGCAAGAGCAAGCAGUUCCAGAACAUUGCCGACAAGUUUCUGACCAAGAGCAUCAAGCAGGAGUUGCAGUUUACAGCCUAUGGAUUUUUCUCUAUUGACAACUCUACGCUUUUUAAGAUCUUUUCGGCGGUCACCACGUAUUUGGUUAUUUUGAUACAGUUUAAGCAGCUGGAGGAUUCUAAGGUUAUUGAAAUUAAUCAGGAUUAA